CGGUGCUUCUCGGAGGCACAGUGAGUGUCUGUCGUUUGUUUCAUUGGUUCAUGAAGUAAAAUAACAAACGUUGCUGUCAAUAAAAGUGUAUCGACUUUUUGUCAGACAUAGCAGCAACAAGGUGUCGACGAGUUUCCGUCCCAGAAAUCAACGAUGUCGUGUGAAGGAAAUGGCAUGUCCGAUGAAAGAAUAGGGACGGCGCUCAUCAAAGUCGUCAUCGAAGAGGAACUGAAGGAUGUUCCUUCAGAGGAUGUCCCGCCUCUUACCCCGCUGGUUGUAGAUGUUACAAGUGAGCAGGAGAGGAAGAUAGUGAGCCAGUUGGGCGUCAUGUGUCGGAUCAUUGGUGACAGGAUGCGAGAUGAUACCGAGUUCCAGGAUGCCAUCGAUGGAGUGGUGCAAUGCAGCGGCUUUAAAUGGGACCGUUUUAAGCAAGUGGCUGAAAAAGUUUUUGAGCAAGGCAUCACCUGGGAGAGGAUCGCCGUGCUCUUCUACGUGGCAGGAAAACUAGCACUGAAGAUGGUGGAGGUUCACCUGCCUCAGUCAGUGCGAGAGAUCCUGAUGUGGACUGUGGACUUCUUCAAAAAUAACCUUUUGAGCUGGAUUCGGGAACAUGGAGGAUGGAUCAACAGUUUCUCCUCGUUAGCCGUGGCCUCCAUGCCGGGUGUUUCCUCCAUUAGCUCCUUCACAGCCUUUAUCCUCAUCUUCAUCACUGGUGUCACUCUGGGAAGCUUCAUCACCUGGAGACUGACCAGAUGACUCUUAUGCAUGCAACACACGCACAUACCCACUUACAGUAUGUUUUUUUUAUAUCCAAACCUAUGCAAACUUGAAAAUGAAGGGAGACAGAAACACACACACACACACACACACACACACGUGUCCUCACCGAGGAGGAGAAUUAUUUUUUCCUGGAAAAAAAUAAUUCUGAAAAAAAAAAAAAUCCGACCUAUUUCAUACCUUUGAUCAGGUUUUUCCACUGGGGCUGUCAGUACUGUAUGCUAGCACGGCUUUUAAUCUGCUACCCUAAGUGUAGCAUUAGCAUGCCACUAACAUGCUUCGUAACUCGCGCACCUGUAACAUUCUGCUGCUUUGCUUGUGCAUUUUAUUGCCGCAAAAUCUAAAUGGCCUGCUAGCACGUCUUUAAUGGUGUUUGUUUAUUAUUAUCUGUUGAACAGAAAGUGAGCAGAGCUUUUACAGCAAUACAUUUAAAAAAGUUAAACUGCCAGUAAACAGAGUCACUUCAACUGAGUAGAACUAUAUCCAUGUUUGAAUGAACAGAUGAGGACAGUGUUGGUGAAACAAGUCAGAACGACUGGUGACUUGGUGAGGUGUAAGCUCCUCAUCUGUCCACUGGGGGGUGGAACUGAGAAGAGAUAGACAUCAGUGUAUUGUCAGGGCUGAGACUAUUCUUCAGCUCUUUGGUUAAAUAGUUCCUGUCAGAACUGAACCGAUCAGUCAGUCAGUCAGUCAGUCAGUCAGUCAGUCAGUGAGUCAGUCAGUCAGUUGGCCUCCUUAAACAAACAAACAUGUUUAGAAACCUGAGCAUUUAAAUGGAGACUCGUACCGUCACCCUCGCCGUCCCCGCCAUUAUUAUAUUAAUUUUGACUAAUUAAAUUCACCCUGUGCCUUUUUUAAUAAGUCCAUGACGAACGCCUGACUCUUCCUGCUUUUCGUUUUCCUUUUUUAAAAGUAAACAUGCUGCUGUUGCUGUUGACGCCUUCCUCUCUUUGCUGCUGAUCUUUGUCAGUUAUAACGUCUUUGCACAACCGCCCAUAUUUGCAGGAGAUGUUUCUUUUAUUCAAUUCCGCUUCCAUCAGCUCCGUAAUCUUUUGUUCUGCGUUCUUCUUCUUUCCUCUCCUCGUCUCCUCAACUCACCAGCAUCUCUAACAGGCAGCUGACAUCCUACCACGCAAUUAAGAUUAAUCCCCAUCCACUGAUUACAGAGUAUAUAAUAUGUGGGAUUACAUUUCUUCAUUGAAUGACAGCGCUUGUCUUUUUUUUUAAUUCUGGUGUUUUUUUUAAAUAUCUUUUUUUUAAAG